AUGUCCAGCGGGGAGACCACUGGCCGGACCGCGGACAGGGAUCCCCGGCAGCAGGUGGAGCGCCUUCUCUUCGGGCUGCGCUGGAGGCGACUGGAGGAACCCCUGGGCUUCAUCAAGACUCUCCAGUGGCUCUUUGCUAUUUUCGCCUUCGGGUGCUGCGGCUCAUACAGCGGGGAGACGGGGGCCACGGUCAGGUGCAACAACGAUGCCAAGGAUGUGAGCGCCAUCAUUGUUCAGUUCGGCUAUCCCUUCAGGUUGCAACGGGUCGAGUAUGAUAUGCCACUAUGCGAUGAAGAAUCCAGCACAAAGACACUGCAUCUCAUGGGGGACUUCUCGGCGCCCGCUGAAUUCUUUGUCACCCUGGGCAUCUUCUCUUUCUUCUACACUAUGGCUGCCCUGGUCUUCUACCUGCGCUUCCAUAACCUCUAUACGGAGAACAAGCGCUUCCCCUUGGUGGACUUCUGCGUGACAGUCUCCUUCACCUUCUUCUGGCUGGUGGCGGCGGCGGCCUGGGGCAAGGGCCUAACGGACGUGAAAGGGGCCACGCGGCCGUCCAGUCUGACAGCUGCCAUGUCUGUGUGCCACGGGGAGGAGGCCGUUUGCAGUGGCGGGGCUACCCCUUCCAUGGGGCUGGCCAACAUCUCCGUGCUCUUUGGCUUCAUCAACUUCAUCCUGUGGGCUGGGAACUGCUGGUUCGUGUUCAAGGAGACCCCGUGGCACGGCCAGGCCCAGGCCCAGGCCCAGGCCCAGGCCGCUAGCAAGGAGAGCGCGGCUGAGCUGGGGGCUGUGGAGAAGCAGUGAGAGUCCUCUACCUCCCGAACAGCCAGCGCCUCACCAACCUCCGGCUGCCAGGACCGUCUUCUCCCUCUCCUCCU